UCGGAUAAUAAAAAUGUCCGGGCUAUAGCCCAAAAGAAAACCCGGAGACUUUUACAUUUCCAGCCACCACGCUGAGGCUCCAAGUCCGAUGAAUGUCUGAUCAGAAAACUAUCACUCCCAAGUCCUUUAUCGCCUUCUUUACACCUCGUCCAUGGCCGAUCACGAGCACACCGAUGACCACCACCACCACCAUCACCGCCCACACCGCCUAUCACUGCCACCGCGCACCACCGAUGCCACCACUUCUGUAAGAACCCCCCUCUAUCCUCCUGCAACACCCAUCCACACCCCCUCCAAACACCGUGUCUCUGCUACUCCCCUGAAAUCUUUUUCUUCCACCACCAAGUCUUCAUCCAUCCCCUUCCUUUUUCUUCUCCUUUUCUCCCUCCGUUCUCUCUACUCUCUUCUCCCUUUCCUCCGUUCCUCCCCAUCCUCUUUUUCUAUCUUCCCGUUCUCUUUCCUCGUCUCCCUCUUCUCGUUCAUUCUCACUCUGUUCUUUUCUAUCUUCACCUUAGCUUGUUCUUCUUCUGCUUCCUCUUCUAGAGACCCUUUCCGCCAAAAGCAUCGCCAGCCCAUUUUCUCCCUCACCUCGUUGACUCCAUCUCAACACAAGCUUCUUUUAGCCAAGUCCAUCCUUCAGGCUGUGAUCUUCCUUCUCAGAUUCCAAGCUCUCAGAUAUUGCGGCACCGCAGCAAUGAUUCUGGCGGAACUAUCCGGAAAUGUGGCUGCGCGAUCCAUUGCGGGUGGAAGAAAAAACCGAAAGUUUGCUGAUUUGAACAAGGUUGGUUCAUCUAAAAUUGGUGGAUUUAUAGCUUUGUUCUUCGGUCUACUCUUUUUAUCUGUUAGUUGGGACAGAAUCGAAUGUUUUCCUUUAUCUUCAGUGAAUGCUAAUAAGCUAGGAAUUUCUGUACUGGCUAGUGGGAAUUGUGUUAGGGUUUGGCCUAUGUUGCUUCCCUUCUUUUCCGGAUUUUUGGGAUGCUACGAAGGGAUUUCAAUGAAUCCUGCAUCUAUAAGGGAAAUCGGGCAAAAACAGGUUCGAUUGAUAUCAUUGUUCUACACAACAGUUCUGCUUUUCAUACCUGCUGCUGUAAGUAUGGUUGUUUUUGAAGCAGAAGGUGAGAAUGUAUCUUUAUCGAAUCUUGGUUGGCCAUUGGUUAAUACAGUUCUGUUUGGGGUGCUUUUGAGUGAGAACAAUGCAGAUGAAAAACCAAUGGCAUCAAAAGACUUUCAGAGAGAGUAUGAAGUCACUUAUGUGUGUACUCUUAUCUUGGAAUUGUUUUAUUUUCCAGAACUAUCACUCUGGGGAUUGUUGAUAUGUGGAUUCUUGAUCUGGAUAGCUGUUAGAAAUUUAGAUCCUGUUUAUUCUAAUUAUCUUGAGUUAGGUUUGCAAUCAUCUGAAUCAUUAGACAUUUCUGUUAUGAACCCCCUUCGCCACAUCCUUAGUGAAAGAAAGUCAAGAAAGAUUGCUCUUUUCCUCUUGAUCAACACAGCAUACAUGGUUGUGGAAUUCGUUGCAGGGUUUAUGAGUAAUAGUCUUGGUUUGAUAUCAGAUGCUAGCCACAUGUUGUUUGACUGUGCUGCCCUUGCCAUUGGACUAUAUGCAUCUUACAUAUCCCGGUUGCCGGCUAAUGUUCAGUUUAACUAUGGUCGAGGGCGGUUCGAGGUACUUUCUGGAUAUGUUAAUGCUGUUUUCUUGGUACUAGUUGGAGCUUUGAUUGUUCUUGAAUCAUUUGAGAGGAUUUUAGACCCUCAGGAGAUUUCUACUAACAGUCUGUUGACUGUGUCUGUUGGUGGGCUUCUUGUUAACGUGGUCGGCUUGAUAUUCUUUCAUGAGGAACAUCAUCAUGCCCAUGGUGGGUCUGGAUCAUGUGCGCAUUCCCAUUCCCACCAUCAUUCGCAUGAUGGUAAGGAAGAACGCAGCAGUGUUAUCCAACACUGCCAUGAGCAAUCAUGCUCUAGCCAUGGUAACCAUGAAAGUGCUGACUUAGGGCAUGUUUCGAUCUUGGAUAAUGAUAGGGAAAUGAGAGGAACUGGUGCACCUUCUCAUUCCCACCAUCAUUCGCAUGAUGACAAGGAAGAACACAUCACCGUUGUCCAACACUGCCAUGAGCAAUCAUGUUCUAGCCAUGAUAACCAUGUAAACAUUGACUUGGGAAUUAGUCAGGUUCCAAAUGGACCCUUUAAGAGUGCAGAAAAAGAGAAGCCUCACCAUCAUGACCACCACCACCAUCACCACAUUGACCAUAACAUGGAAGGCAUAUUUUUGCACGUGCUAGCGGACACAAUGGGGAGUGUGGGGGUGGUUAUUUCAACCCUAUUGAUUAAAUACAAAGGGUGGCUUGUUGCGGACCCUGCCUGUUCUAUAUUUAUAUCAAUAUUGAUAGUCUCUUCAGUUAUCCCGCUGCUGAGAAACUCAGCAGAAAUUCUGCUGCAACGAGUUCCCAGAGGCCAUGAGGGUCACUUGAAGGAAGCUAUAGGCAAUGUUAGGAAGAUGGAAGGUGUGUGCGGUAUCCAGAGCCUGCAUGUUUGGAGCUUCACAAACACCGACAUUGUCGGCACUGUCCACCUUCACGUCUCAAAUGACACUGACAAGAUUGCUGCAAAGAAUAAUGUAUCAGAUUUGUUACACGAUGCUGGUAUAAAGGACUUGACCAUCCAGGUUGAAUGCAUCAAAGGGUAGCUAAACAGAACAGUGUGUGUUUAAUGGAAACAUUCUUUGCUCCCACCAUCUCCAUUUCAGUCAGACAAAUAGGAUAAAAUAUGUUGUAGAAUUUUGUAAUCAAAGUGUAAUGAACAUGAAUUUAGUUGGAUUCUUUGAGACAAACAAGUUUUUGUUAAUCACAGAAGUUUCACUGUGUCUUGAGGGUAUUAUAGGUAAUCAAGAAAAUUCAAUAGGAAGCAGAAAAUGGGCCAACCUUCAAGAGAUGGUGGGAGCCUGGGAGGGAAAGGCAUCGCAGUUUGAGGAGUGUCAUGACUCCUAUUUGGAUGGUUUAAUGGUGUUUGACUGGAAAAUGAUGGAUGCCAUUAACUGGCAACAAAUCUGGCAACCUUCAAGAUUCAUGUUCUUCAUUUCUUGAUGUCAUUGUUCAUAAUGUCAAGGCUUUUUAUCAACUUAACAAUUUUCAUUGAUGUUUCUUGAUAAAGUUAUGAGCCACUUGAUGAUUAGCUUUGCGGAAAUAUUCACCCUCCAAAGAGGUGGGAUUACCCAUCUCACAAUCUCACGAGGCCGCUAUUGGUAAGCGGGUUGAGUUGUCUAUCAAUGAUGUAGAAAAGUUGCACAACCAUUAUCGUAAGUGUCAUUAUUAUACACAUUGGUGAACAGUGUUACCACACAAGAAUCUUAGAUGGAACCAAUUAUGUAUCCGUUUAGAUCAAUGUUUUGGAUCCGUUUUUGACAGUUGACAGUUGAUCAAGUUUUUAAAUUGUUGACACAAAUUAUUUGGGACAUUAGUUUUCUUCUUGUUGUGACUGUCUCUAAGCAAUCUUAUGCUUUGGGUCUUGUGGGACAUUGUUUUCUUGUUAUGACUGUCUAAGCGUUUUGAUUUGUUUCUGAA